AUGUCGACUUCACAAGAUCCCGCACCAGACAGCUUAAUCAAAGCGGAAAAAUGCAUGGAGUACUGGGAAAGCGUUGAUUCCAACGACAAUGGCAUGCUGGGUGGCGUUUUAACCACAAUGCCUUCCGUAUCUCGCGUCGACCUUCAAGGAUCUCGAACUUUUCUGGCGAGAUUGAAUGUCGGCGGCAAGUCGGGAAAAGAAAAGAUACCACGAGUUCUUGAGGGUGGUGCAGGCAUGGACAGAAUCGGGAGAAUCACAGAAGGUUUACUUCUGAAAGUAGCAGACAAAGUCGACGUCGUUGAACCAGUCGUCAAGUUUACGGAUGUUCUCAAAACGAAACCCGGCGUAGGACAAAUUCACAACGUUGGGUUAGAAAAAUGGUUUCCGAGCGAGGGAGAAUGCUACGACCUGAUUUGGAUCCAGUGGUGUAUCGGACAUCUCAAAGAUGAGGAAGUCGUGCAAUUUCUGGAGAGGUGCAAAUCUGUUUUGGAAAAUGAGCACGGUGUUAUCGUACUUAAGGAGAACUUGAGUACAUGGGGAGAGGAUCAGUUUGAUGAGCUUGACGGAAGCGUCACAAGACAGGAUGAGAAGUUCCAGGAACUGUUUACGAGGGCUGGGCUGAAGAUUGUUAAGGCUGAUCUACAGCGGGGAUUUCCGGCUGAGCUUCUUCCUGUGAAGAUGUAUGCUGUACGACCAGAGACAUAA